AUGAUUCUAGUUCUGGGUUUCAAACACAACCUAAGGGGUCAUAAAAGGGCCAUCGACCAGAUAAUUGACCUCCAGUUCCGGAUACUAAGCCUCGAGUCGGCCGAAGAACAUCUGGUUCGCAACUUCCCAAACCUCGAGUGCAUACACUUGGGAACCGCUUUGCAAACCAAUGUCAUCUCGGGAUUGGGCGCAGACAUCUUCGCAGGACUGGAACGGCUCGUUCAGCUCAAUCUCAACUACUUGGGCGUCGAGAGUAUGGCCGAGAAUAGCCUCCGCUUCUCCACCAGACGGCACCUGAAAGUGGACUUAAGCCACAAUUGGGUCACCGCUUAUGAACUAAAGAGGUCUAACAUAUCGGUGGACAAUACGAACGGUUCGGUAGACGUGGACUUGCGGUACAAUAAAGUGAAAGCAUUGCCUUACUAUGUGUUCGCCGACUAUUGCCGGCCAGACUAUAAGGUGCGGAUCAAUUUGCUUUACAACCCAAUUAAGUGUCGAUACAAUGACGUUAAAUGGGUUUAUGAGGACAGGGAGACCGUCGCCGACCACUUGUAUAAUGUCUAUUGCGUUAACUAUAAUAACAGAGACUUGCUUAAACGCCGUACAACUGGUAUACCUGUCCCUAAUUUCUACCAUAAUUCCAGCCAAUGCUAUAAGAUUAGCGGCUCAUACAUCACACCCGACCCCUAUUCGGACAGUUAUGGAAAGUAUAGUGAAUUUAAUGCCAGUAGUGAUGACAGUAAUAGUACUGUCGAUACAAAUUACAAAAUAUCACUUAAGGAGACAAUUAAGCGAUGA